AUGGCCGAGAAGCUGUACGAAUACCAAGGCCCUUUGGGCAGAUGGCACACCACCAGGGAUUCGAUACGCGAAUCCUGGACUGAGUACAAAGAGAAAUAUCCGGGCGGUUGUUUGGAUUACCUGAAGCAUAAACUGUACUCCUGCGAUCAAGUGGAAAACCAGGACUUUUCGCACAUCUACAGGAGAAAAACCCGAAAGGAGUUAAUUAGGAUAUCUGCAGCUGUAAUGGGUAUUGAAUUCUCUUACGCCGCUGAAACGGCUUUCGUUUCUCCUACUUUGUUGAAAAUUGGUGUCCAACAUAAACACAUGACUUUGGUUUGGGCCUUGUCGCCGUUGAUUGGGUUCUUUUUGACGCCAAUUUUGGGUUCACUGAGUGAUAAAUGCAAUAUGCGCUUCGGACGGAGAAGACCUUUUAUUAUAGCCAUGUCUAUUGGAGUUCUCUUAGGCCUCAUAUUGGUGCCCAACGGUGAACUUAUCGGUUACAAAUUAGGAGAUCCUUUACCGAGCAAUGAAACUUAUUCGAUGAAGAUUUCAUCGCACCGCACCUCCGCUCAAACCUUCAAUUAUACCGAAGUGGAUGAAGAGAUGGAUGAUUUUCAAAUACCUAAUUCUCAUCCAUGGGGUGUAUUUUUUACUAUUUUAGGCACGGUUCUACUAGAUUUCGAUGCGGACGCUUGUCAAAGCCCUGCUAGAACUUAUUUAUUGGAUGUCACCAUUGAAGAUGAUCACGCAAAAGGAUUAAGCACCUUCACCAUAAUGGCUGGUUUGGGUGGAUUUUUUGGAUACGCCUUGGGAGGAAUCAAUUGGGAUGUCACCGCUUUAGGAAUUUUAUUGGGUGGCCAUGUGAGGGCCGUAUUCACGUUAAUAACGUUCAUUUUCGUGAUAUGCGUAUCGUACACAUUGACGAGUUUUAAGGAAAUGCCGUUGAGUGUUUUGGAGAGCAAACCCGAGGAUAUAAACAUGGAAGGUGUCGGAGAAACUUACGGAGCUGUCGACGAGGACGGAGACGGUGAGGAGGGUUGGGUGAGGAAUAGGGUUGUCAGGCAGCAAAGCAUUCAUCCAGAUGCGUCCUUAAUUACCUAUCUCAAGAGCAUAAUUUACAUGCCGUCCAGCUUGAGAAUCUUGUGUUUGACGAAUCUGUUUUGCUGGAUGGCGCACGUCUGCUAUUCGCUGUACUUUACUGAUUUCGUCGGGGAAUCCGUGUUUAAUGGGUCUCCAACGGCUUUGGAGGGAAGCGAAAGUAGGUUGUUGUAUGAGGAAGGCGUUCGAUUCGGAUGCUGGGGUAUGUCAAUGUACUCAUUAUCCUGCGCAUGUUAUUCCAUGGUAAUCGAAAAGUUGAUACGGAUUUUCGGCGCGAAAAAGGUGUAUGUGGGCGGCUUGCUGAUUUACUCCUCGGGAAUGCUACUAAUGGCUCUAACUAAACACAAAGUUGGGGUAAUUUUAUUCAGUUGGACGGCCGGAGUUAUGUACUCAACUUUGUUCACUAUGCCCUACUUGCUUGUCGCCCAUUACCACUCGACAUCAACGUUCGAGACCAACAAAGAAGGAUCAGGAAUAAUUGGAGGACAAGUGCGAGGAUUAGGAACGGACAUCGCGCUAGUAGGCAGCAUGGUAUUUCUGGCCCAAUUCAUACUGUCCAUAUGCAUGGGGACUAUUGUAUCCCUAUCCGGGACAACUACAGCAGUCGUAAGUGUCGCCAGUUCGUUAGCCUUCUGCGGCGCGAUUUCAGCCACACAAAUCAUGUAUUUAAACCUCUAA